UUUUGAAUUAUUCACUCUAGUUUCCUUAAUAAAGAAAUGUAACGUUUUGGUGGCAUACUGCAUAACGUCUUCAGACCGCAGAACGAAUCUAUUGCAAACCUGAAAAUAUAUAUCUUGGUAGAAAGCCAGUGAUUAUGAUAACGUUGAAGUACAUUGCUACUUGCACCUACCUGGUGGUGAUACUAGGAACGGUGAUAUCACUAGCUUUCGCCAGAUAUGAAUACCCUGAUCAGCCAUCUAUUGACUUUACAAUGGAAGUGCUCAAUGCAAAAUGCAAGGUGGGAUGCAGUGUCUGCAGCAAUUUGCGAUACAUUUGCAGAGGGCUGAAUGUUACAACAAUUCCACAGACCUUCCCCAAGACUUUGCAAUACCUCGAGUUGGGCACUACAAAAAAGGGCCCGUUGCAUAUACAAGAUGGAGCAUUCAGAAGGUACCAAAAUUUAAUAUAUCUGGAUAUAAGUGAAAAUCAUAUCACAAAGAUUACAAAUCAUUCAUUUGACGGACUUGAUCAGCUGGCAUAUUUAAAGAAAUCACCUGCGAAGUGGGUACAGUAUUUAGAUUUUAUUGAGAAAUCUACGCUCUUCACAAACUUUGCAUUUCAUGGACUGACUCCGCUGAAACGUUUAAAAUAUUUAGAUUUUAGAGGGAAUGGUCGCGUUGGAUUGGAUAGAAUGGUACAUAGGUUAUACACCUGGAAAAGGCAUUGUUCAAAUUGUACUCUCGAUUAUUUAGAUUUAUCAUUCACUAAUAAUGUAGACAGUAAUAAUCAUGAAAUUCGAAGUUAU